CAAAAUGAAAAGCCCGGGUAGAAGCACAAGCAAAAGGAGAGAGGAAAAGUAGAAAAAGGAAGGGGGGAGGAGACUCGCCUCAAUACUUCCCACUGGACGAGAGGCGCACCUAACCCACCUACCCACUCAUCAAUCACGGUGUUCAGCUGACUUGCACUGAUAGACCCCUAUUGUAUUGGAAUUAGGCGCCCAUCUUUUGACUGUUGUCAACUAAUCUCUUCAAUGUUCGAUUCUACUCUAUGUUAGAACAUUUCUGUGAAUGCUAUUCUAAUCUAAGUGGUCCUAUUCUGUGUCCCGUGCUAGGAAGCAUUAUUCCUCUUUGCAUUCAAAAUGAAAGAAUACGACCGAUACGAUUGAUUGGUCUGUGUGCCUCUCUUAUUACUUUUUUGUAUUCCCCUGUUCCUCGGAUACAAUUCGAUCCUUCUACGGCCAAAUCUCAAUUUGUGGAAAGCUUUCGAUGGCUUCCUUAUUCAAACAUCAAUUGGAAUUUGGGUAUAGACGGUCUCUCUUUUUUCUUCGUGAUAUUGACCACAUUUCUGAUCCCUAUUUGUAUUUUAGUGGGUUGGUCUGGUAUGAAAAGUUAUGGGAAAGAGUAUAUUACAGCAUCUCUAAUUCGUGAAUUUCUAAUGAUCGCCGUGUUCCGCAUGCUGGAUCCUCUACUAUUCUAUGUUCUUCCCGAAAGCGUGCUAAUCCCUAUGUUGUGCGGAGCUGAGCAUCUUCUAUUCGCUGGGAUAAAGCUUUUCCUCUGCAGGGGCCUUGUGCAGUAAACCCCCUACGGGCGGUCGUCCGUCGUAAAGUAGUCCCCGCGAAGCUUUCGGGAAGAGGGGUAGUCUUGUGCGUAAGCAUAGCAUUUCUGGUCGAACCCGCCCAACCCAACUAAGACGAACCGAACCUGACAGACACAUCUUUUUCUGGGAGGGUACUCUGAGUAGUGGGUACCUCGUAGGACCUCGACCCGCCUACUCGGGUCUUGUAUGGAUAUGCAGGAAGGGGUGCUCCUAGGUGUGUGUAGGGGUUGUGUUUGUUCGCGAGAAUGGAUUCCUCGUCAAGUCAGUUUGGGGGGUGUGGACACACUUGCGCGAAUUCGGGUAACGGCUACAAGGGAGAAAUCGAAAGGAAACUGUACCCAACCAGGGAUGGACGUAAACUCGUAAGCUACCGAGGGUAGGGAUAAUCGUCCAGGUCUUAUUGUGAAAAAAAAAGCCGCCCCGCCACAGCAGGCGGGUUGGUUCCUCUGUCGUCGCCGGGGAGCUCUUGGUGAGGAGACCUUAGGAGAAGUUGCUAAAACAAACGGGAGGGGAGGAUCGACCCGUUCAGUAGAAUUACGAAGAAAGACUGUUGGCAGCAGGUGGAGACAUUUCUUUGGCCCCCUUCAAAAUCAAAAGGAAAUGCGGGCAGGGUUAAGCUCGGUAGAGGGUUCGAGAAUAGGGUAGGGUCCUGUCUUUAUCAGAUAAGAAAAGAGUUCCAAACCUUUAUGCAUGCACCUUCGUAUAAGUGCUGCAUACAAGUUCCGGCCAGGAGAAUUGGGAAACAAAAACCAAUUGGAACCGCUAAAAUCACAGUAGUAGUAGCGUAAAGCCAUAAGUCGGGGGGCGGCCAUAAAGGCUAUUACUUACUUUCACAUCUCUCUCUCUAGAUAUCUAGAGAGAGAUCCACUGCGUGAGCAACCGACUGUGCGUUACAUGUGCUCUACAGGCCGCACUCCAUCUUUUUUCCCAACGAGCCCUUUUUUGGAUUUGGAAGACGGGCGUUGCGUUCGGUUCGAAAGGCAUGGUUUUCAGUAUGUCUCCAGAUAGGGCCCCCCACUAGUCCGGCUAGCUAGUGAGCGGUUCUUUCGGGCGAGAAGCGGGCCGGGCCCUACGGGCGGGCAUCUCCCGCAACGCAAGCUGCAUUGUUCGCCACCACCCGAUAAGCAAAAGAUUCGAGAGUCCAGACUUAAUAUACAUGCAUAGAUAGUGGUCUAAUGACAAGGGCCGACGACGGAAGCUCGGGACGGAGCCGUAUGAUGCGGAAGUCUCACGUACGGUUCCCUGAGAAGGGAGUGGCUACCUACUGGGGCUUCGACCAACCACCACCGGUAAAUUCCGCUUUGGGGCCACCCCUGACUCUACCAUUAUUAUAGGGGUAUGGGGUUCGAGACAAAGAAAGAUCAAGGCAGCAUAUCAGUUGUUCCUUUAUACUUUACUUGGAUCUGUUUUUAUGCUAUUAGCUAUUCUUUUUAUUAUUUUCCAAACAGGGACCGCCGAUUUACAAAUAUCAUUAACCACAGAAUUUAGUGAGC